CCGCUCCCCGUCGGUGGGCGGACCCAGGCGCUCCCCGCCCCGCAGCCUCCCGAGCGGAGCCGCCGCCGCUGCCGGAUCCCGAUGCCGGGAGCUGAGCGCUGAGGGCGGCCCCGAGAUGGGGAUUCUCAGCAUCACGGACCAGCCUCCUCUGGUCCAAGCCAUCUUCAACCGCGAUGUAGAGGAAGUGCGGUCGCUGCUGAAUCAGAAGGAGAAUAUCAAUGUACUGGACCAAGAAAGACGAACACCUCUGCAUGCUGCUGCCUACAUAGGAGAUGUUGCAAUCCUCGAGCUCCUCAUACUGUCAGGUGCUAAUGUUAAUGCAAAGGACACUGUUUGGCUCACCCCGUUACACCGCGCUGCGGCUUCUCGCAACGAGAAAGCACUUCACCUCCUCCUGAAGCACUCGGCAGACGUCAAUGCCCGCGACAAGUAUUGGCAAACGCCUCUGCACGUCGCUGCUGCCAACCGGGCCACCAAGUGUGUGGAGGCCAUCAUCCCCCUGCUGAGCACUGUCAAUGUUGCAGACCGCACGGGCCGCACGGCGCUGCACCACGCUGUGCACAGCGGCCACCUCGAGAUGGUGAACCUGCUGUUAAACAAAGGGGCCAGCCUGAGUACUUGUGACAAGAAGGAUCGCCAGCCCAUCCACUGGGCAGCUUUUCUGGGGCAUUUGGAAGUUCUGAAGCUGCUGGUGGCCCGUGGAGCUGAUGUGAUGUGUAAGGACAAGAAGGGCUACACCCUGCUGCACACAGCUGCAGCCAGCGGGCAGAUCGAAGUUGUGCGUCACCUGCUGCGGCUGGGGGUGGAGAUCGAUGAACCAAAUUCCUUUGGUAACACUGCACUUCACAUCGCCUGUUACAUGGGCCAAGAUGCCGUGGCCAAUGAACUGGUCAAUUACGGCGCCAACGUCAAUCAGCCUAACGAGAAGGGCUUCACCCCUCUGCACUUUGCUGCUGUCUCCACCAAUGGGGCCCUGUGCCUGGAGCUCCUCGUCAACAACGGGGCUGAUGUCAACUUUCAGAGUAAGGAAGGGAAGAGCCCCUUGCACAUGGCUGCCAUCCACGGGCGGUUCACACGUUCACAGAUCCUCAUUCAGAAUGGCAGUGAGAUUGACUGUGCUGACAAAUACGGCAAUACCCCCCUCCACGUUGCUGCUAGAUAUGGCCAUGAGCUGCUAAUUAGUACUUUGAUGACGAAUGGUGCUGACACUGCAAGGCGUGGGAUCCACGACAUGUUCCCUCUGCACUUAGCUGUUCUCUUUGGAUUUUCAGACUGUUGUCGUAAGCUACUUUCCUCAGGUCAGUUGUACAGUAUCGUCUCCUCGCUGAGCAACGAGCACGUGCUGUCUGCAGGCUUUGAUAUAAACACACCUGACAACCUUGGGAGGACUUGCCUCCACGCUGCUGCUUCCGGAGGGAACGUUGAAUGUCUUAAUUUGCUGUUGAGCAGCGGUGCUGACUUGAGAAGGAGAGAUAAAUUUGGAAGGACUCCACUGCACUACGCAGCUGCCAAUGGCAGCUAUCAGUGUACAGUGACAUUGGUCACUGCAGGAGCCAGUAUUAAUGAGGCUGAUUGUAAAGGCUGUACCCCCUUACACUAUGCUGCUGCUUCGGACACGUACAGGAGAGCAGAGACUCAUUCAGGAAACAGCCAUGACACUGAUGAGGAGCCACUGAAGGAGUCCAGGAUGAAGGAGGCAUUCUUUUGUUUAGAGUUCUUGCUGGAUAAUGGUGCUGACCCAUCCCUCCGGGACAAGCAGGGAUAUACUGCUGUCCACUAUGCAGCUGCGUAUGGCAACAGGCAGAACCUCGAAUUGCUCCUGGAAAUGUCUUUUAACUGCCUGGAGGAUGUGGAAAGCACCAUUCCAGUCAGCCCUUUGCACUUAGCUGCCUAUAAUGGUCACUGUGAAGCCCUGAAGACACUUGCUGAAACCCUCGUGAACCUGGAUGUGCGGGACCACAAGGGGCGGACAGCCCUGUACCUCGCCACGGAGAGAGGCUCCACCGAGUGCGUGGAGGUGCUCACCAGCCACGGCGCUUCUGCCCUGGUGAAGGAGAGGAAGAGGAAGUGGACCCCUCUCCACGCUGCAGCUGCCAAUGGGAAUACAGAUUCCCUGCACCUCCUGAUAGACAGCGGGGAGCGGGCAGACAUCACCGAUGUCAUGGACAUCCACGGCCAAACCCCACUGAUGCUGGCGAUCAUGAACGGCCACGUCGACUGCGUUCACCUCCUCCUGGAGAAGGGAUCUACAGCUGAUGCAGCCGACAAGAGAGGAAGGACCGCUCUGCAUCGGGGGGCUGUGACGGGCUGUGAGGACUGCCUGGCUGCUCUGCUGGACCACGAUGCCUUCGUUCUGUGUCGGGAUUUCAAAGGCCGGACCCCGAUUCACUUUGCAUCGGCGUGUGGGCACUUAGAAAUCCUGAGGACCUUGCUGCAGGCAGCCCUCUCUACUGACCCUCUGGACUCUGUGGUGGACUACAGCGGUUACUCACCAAUGCACUGGGCUUCAUACAGUGGGCAUGAAGAUUGUCUUGAAUUGUUACUUGAACACAAUCCAUUUGCAUACCUAGAAGGAAACCCCUUUACUCCAUUGCACUGUGCAGUAAUUAACAACCAGGACAGCACUGCUGAAAUGCUGGUGGAAGCAUUAGGUGCCAAGAUUGUUAAUAGCAGAGAUGCCAAAGGAAGGACACCCCUUCACGCUGCUGCCUUUGCAGACAACAUCCAUGGUUUACAGCUGCUGCUGCGCCACCAAGCCGAGGUGGACACAACUGACAAGCUGGGGAGGACUCCCCUCAUGAUGGCCUCUGAGAACGGGCACACUGCAGCAGUUGAGUUCCUGCUGUACCAAGCGAAAGCAAAUAUAACUGUGCUGGAUGUCAACAAGAACACAGCUCUUCACCUGGCCUGCAGCAAGGGUCAUGAAAAGUGUGCCUUGUUGAUCCUGGGGGAAACCCAAGACCUUGGCCUUAUCAAUGCAAGUAACAGUGCUCUGCAGAUGCCGCUCCACAUUGCUGCACGGAAUGGGCUGGCCACUGUCGUCCAGGCCCUGCUCAGCAGAGGUGCCACCGUGUUGGCUGUGGAUGAAGAAGGUCAUACCCCAGCCUUGGCAUGCGCCCCCAACAAGGACGUUGCCGACUGCCUGGCACUUAUCCUCUCCACCAUGAAGCCUUUCCCACCUAAAGACGCCAUCAGCUCUUUCAGCUUCAACCUCCUCAAGAACUGCGGCAUUGCAGCCAAAACCGCGGCCUGCGGGGCUCUGCCCAAUGGCAGCACCUGCCCCUACAGCAAGGACCGGCACAAUGCCAUCGGCUUAGACGGCUGUUACUCGGAGUAGCUUAAACUAUGGGUGACCUAAUAUCUUAUUAUAUUUAUUUAGAAAUUCUAUAAAUAUAGGGCACUUUAAAGGAGAACAAGACUGGGCAGGCCUUCUAGCAUGGCCAAGUAGACCAAGAGUUCAACGCUUCCUCUUCUUGCUGCAGCACCAGCGUGGUGCUAGCGCUGCUAAUUGCUGUAACGAGGGGCUGGCAGUGCUGCCCUGGUGGCACGGGGCUGCCUUGAACACCAAGCCACGCUCCUCCAGCCAUUUGCAUCCCUCAUGUGGCAUCCGCUGCUUCCAUUGGGCUGCGUGGCCACAGAGAACCAAAAUGAGGAAAAACUCUUUAAUUAAGUAAAAAAAAGCUAAUUGGGACCAUCCAUUGGGCUGCAGAUGGGAAGAGGAUUUGGCUCCCAGCUCUUGGGGGUGGAUUGAAAUCGGUUCCGUUGGCAUCCCCAUGCUGUCUGCAGGCUGGAACGGGGAAGCCUGAACUCUUGGUGGGGUGUGGGGUUUGGGAUCGGGGUGGUCUUGCAGCCGCUGGGGUGGGUGCUAGCUCCUGGCCAAGUGCCACUGUAAUGCUCCUCUCUGAGUCACUUUUCUCUCAUGCUCAUCCUUCGAUUCCAAUACAAACACUUGAAUCAAGAUCUACUGUACCUGGGACACUAAAAUACCCUUUUGGCAGCUGUCAUUUUUAUGCAAAAACGGGUGCUGCUGCCCGACUCAGCGGUCUGCGCGCUACGGACGCGCUGCUGGAACCUCACUCCCCACACCAGGCACUUUAGGGAUUCUGUUGGUUAUCUGCUUUUGGUUUGGUUGGGUUGGUUGGUCUUUUUGUUUCCCUCCUCUCUUGACAAAACGUUGGAUCCUAAGAGCUGAUUCUUGGGAUUCCUUUUGGAGUUUUCGUUCUCUGUGUCGCGUGGCUGUUCCCACGCGAGAGUCAGUGUUGCUUUUCUUUUUAAAAAAGAGAAAGGUUAUUUAUAAAGAAACAAGCAUUUACCUUUUAAAAACAGAAAAAAAAAAACCAAAAAAAAAAUCAACAAAAAUAAUAAUUAAAAAAAAUAUAUCUGAAACUUUUAGCCUUUAAAUAAGGAAGAAAAUGCACUUCAGAGUCCUUAUUCACAACCCUAAUAGGUCCGUAUUUAUUUUUCUAACGCAGCAUGUUGGCAGGUUUUAUUAGCGUGCAUGUAUGUGAGAUCAUUGGGUGUUUUUUGGGGUUUUUUUUUUGUGCUUGUUUUGGGUUUUCUAAUUUUAGAGAUCAUAUUUAUAAUGCAGGUUUGAAGCAUUCGAGAAACGUUGCACUGUUGGGUCUUUUUUUUGUUAGUUUGGUUUUAUUUUUCUUCGGAAUUACUGUAACAUUAUCACGUGCAAAACAGAUACUCAUUGCUCCAUAUCACGAGUCUGUGCAAAGCCAAAGACUGGGCACUGAGAAAGGGAAGGGGCUGAUGGGGUCAGGCAGCCCAUGGUUGGCAUUUACUGCUGACUUUGACACCGUGUUUGGGCUGGGGGAGGCCCUGGGAGUAAGGGCAGGCCCUGGGAAAGCUGCAGCCUGCUCAUGGCCUGCUUGGUUCCUGUUUGUGGCAUGUUUGUGGCUUGUUUUUGGCCUUUUUGGGGUCUGUUCUUGUCCUGCUCACAGCCUGUUCUUGGCCUGUUCAUUGACCGUUUGUGGCUUGCUCAGGGCCUGUUCAUGGCCUGCUUGGGGCCUACGCAUGGCAUGUUUGGGGCCUGUUCACAUCCCAUUCACCAACUGUUUGUGGCCUGUUCGUGGCCUGCUUGAGACUUGCUUGUGGCCUGUUUUUGGCCUGCUUGGGGUCUGUUCAUGUCUUGCUCAUGGCCUGUUCUAGGCCCACUCAUUGCCUGUUCAUGGCUUGCUUGCAGCCUGCUUGGGGCCUGUUCAUGGCCUACUUGGGGCCUGUUCAUGGCCUACUUGGGGCCUGUUCAUGGCCUACUUGGGGCCUGUUCAUGGCCUACUUGGGGCCUGUUCAUGGCCUGCUUGGGGCCUACUCUUGGCAUGUUUGGGGCCUGCUUGGGGCCUGCUCACGUUCACGAACUGUUUGUGGCCUGUUCAUGGCCUGCUUGAGACCUGCUCAUGGCCUGUUUUUGGCCUGUUUGGGGUCAGUUUAUAUCCUGCUUAUGGCCUGUUUGUUGCCUGUUCACGGCUUGUUUGCAGCCUGAUGGUUCCUGUUUGUGGCCUGCUCAGGGCAUGUUCAUAUAGCCAGCUUGGGGCCUGCUCAUGUUGUGUUCAGGGCCCAUUCAUGUCCCACUCAUGGCCUGUUCAUCAUGGCUUGCUUGCAGCCCGCUUGGGGCCUGUCUGUGACAUGUUCACGGCCUGUUUACAGCCAGUUUGUGGCCUGCUCAGGUCCUGCUCCUCCCACCCCAUCCCUCCCUCUCCCGCGGUGCCUCUGGGUUCUGCAUAGUGUAGGAAGGAAAGCGUUUCUUUAACCAAAACGGCGUCUUUUGUUUCUUGUUACCUGUUGGAAGUUGCUCUUUGUCACAUUGGUGCAGGCCGUCCCUGGGCAGCGGGAGGCAGCGCCUGUUGCACUGCGGCUUUCUUUUACCAAAGCCCAACCCUCAGAACCAAAUAGGGAGCCCUGGCCUUUGGGUGACGAGCACAUUCUUUGUGUCUCACACAGGAGUGUCCCCAGUGAUGCUCCUGGUGCCCCGGUAGCGGUGCCAUGGUGCAGGCUGUGCUCCUUUGCUUCUCUGCCCCCCUAUCUUGGGGCUCCCCGCUCACCCCCCGUCCUCCAGCUUGAAGGAAAGUGUUAACCUUUCUGCACCGAAUACCUCAGUUGGGAACCAGAGCUCACAAAACUUGAAUUCAAAGGUCCUUUUUUUUGAAGAUCCUAUUCAGUAUUCUGCAGAGAAGAACUGGAAAAAAAUAAAAAUAAAAAAAAAUAAGAGAUUUGUUUACAUGGCUGCCGAGCCCGCACUUGCUGCGUCCUUUAUCUCCUGGCUCCUCGCCGAUGGCCGUCGCCUUUUCCUGCGGGGUGGGAGAAUGGGUCCAAAGUCCCCACCGCCGUGGCCACGGAGCACCGGGCCGUGCCGUGGGGUGGUGGCAGAGCUCAGGCUGCCGGUGCCGGGUACAGACGUCGGCUGGCUGGUGCGUGUCGGUCCAUCACAGCUUUUUCUGUAGCCAGGGCGAGAGAAUUCCUUAGAGCACACAGAGCACGCUGCUUUUCCUUCUCUCCUUUCUAUUAUUUCCCAGUAUCGUUGUGUUUUUUCAGUUCCUUUUACCAAACCCCAUCUCUUUUUGCCUUCUGUCCGCGCUCUGCGUUGUCACCUCAACGCGACCACUGAACUCUGAGACAAUCAAUGUGAUCUCUGUAAGGGCUUCUCCAUUUCCUCUCUGGCAGCAUCCGUGCUUUUAAUGUGGACGCCUUCUUUUGCUCUUAGCGAGGAGUUUUUUCUCCCCUCCCCCUCGUGUCUUAUUAUUAAUAAUGAUGAUGAUAAUAAUAAUGACAGUGGAGUGAAAUGAGGUUUCAGCAGCGCAUCCGUGGUUUGGGGACUGAGUGGUGGGGGGGGGUGGGAUGGGAGAGGGAAGCACGGCCACGUUCCCUGCAGGUCCCAGUCUUGUUCUCCUUUAACGCUGUAUUGUAUACAUUUGACAGCACAGCUUGACAAUUUAAGUAAUAAUCAAAAAAAAAAAAAAAAGUGUUUGGUAAUAAUGCAUUAUUUUGCUAAAACGAGAUUUGUGAUGGUUUCCCUAGUGCAUUGUAAGAGGGAUGGAGGGAAACUUCCGCUGCCCGCCCGCUUCCCCCCCCCCUGCUCCUCCCCACCACCUCGAUGCCAAAGUUGGACCAUUCCUGCUUCGCCUUCCAGUUUGGUGUUGCUCUCACCAAGCAGCUACUUCUCAACCCCCCCCCUCCUUCUUUCCCUUCCCCCCCCCCCAAAGCUGUUAGUGUGGGUGUGGAACAAACAGCCCCAUCCCCCCUCUGUCAACAAAAGGAAGUUUCUCUCUGCCCCCUGGUCCAAAGCACUUGCUUCAAGUAAUAAGCACUUUUGUUAAAGCAUGAGUCUGGAUUCCCUUUUAGCGUCCCAUGGAAUAGAGAGCAGCAAUGAGCGGAAGGGAUGACGAAGAGCGUCUUUGGGUUUUGCUUUUUUUUUUAUUAUUAUUAAUUAUUAAUUAUUAUUAAUUUCUUGAUUAUUUUACAUUUUUUUGGGUUUUUUUAACUCAAGAAAAAAAAACAGAAAAAAAAAGAAAAAAAAAAAAAAAAGGAAAAAAAAAAAGGUUUGUUUCUAGGGAACGAAAGGGAAAGUUGGGUUAUAGGAGAGAGAAAGGAGGAGAAAUAAAAAGAAACAAAGAACCGAACCAAAACCAAAAACCAAACAGCACAAACCUACAUUUCAAGUCGUUAAAGGUGGAUUUUUUUGCACUGCCAUUGAUAGAAUUCCGGGCCGAGCCGCCCACCUGAGCCAUAGAAACUGCUGACAAACACUGAAUGUAAAACAAGCACCAACCCCGGAGGAACCCGGCAGCUGCGAUUGGCUUUUAUCCUGCCAGGCACUUCCAUAGUCCCAAAUAACCCAGUGGUGGUGAGGAGGUGCUCGGUGUGUUCUCUUGUUGCUGUUCCCAAGCUGCAGGCGAUUUGUGUUUCCUUAAGGAGAUGUAAGACCCCCCCCAAUCCCUUUUACCCCCCCAGACAGUCCCAGACCCCACCAUCCCCAUUGGGGCUGAGUUUAACAAGUCCAAAAACAAAGCGUAAAACAAAAAAAAAACCCUAUAAAGAAAUAGGAGUAAAAUAACAGGAAGGACUCUAUGAUUUGGGCACCCCGAGCUGCGGCACCCAACGCAGCGAGGAGCAAAAACCGACACUAAGAACAAACCACACACCCCAGAAACAACCUUUUUUGGUUUCUUUGCAUUGCGUGGUGGGACCCGGGGGGGGGGUUUUGGGGGGCUGAACCCCCUUUGCUGCCCCCCAUAGGGACCAUAGAAGCAUCCCAGCCUUGAGGAGCGCGUCCCGCUUUGCCUUCAGUAAGAAACCAAAGGACAAAGCAAGCCACCCCUUUCCAUUGGGGAUCGUUAUGGGGGUGUUUUAGUGUUUUUUUGUUGGGUUUUUUUUUUCUUUUUUCUCUUUUUUUUUCCUUCUUUUCUGUUGGCUUUCUUUCUUCGUUUCUCUCCAAGGACGCCAUGGAGCUGGUGGCACCUCUCCUCCCCUUUAUGGGUUCAUAAAGCAGAGCUCCGGGCAGCAGGAAUGGGGGACGCGUCUCCAAGGACUUGAAGGCAUCUGUAGCAAGCUCUGUGUCUUUACAAUAUCCUGUGUGUAAAUGCUGCACCUCUGUAUAUUAUGCACAUAAACGUUUCUUUGGAUACGAUAGGACAGACCUCAGCAGCAGUCAGGUACAACGACUCUUCCUCCUCUGUGUCCCGGUUGUUCCCUGUGUGUGUGUGUGGAUCCGCGUGUCUGGGUAUUGUCUGAGCUCGUUCAAAGAAGGAGGAAAAAAAAUACUUAUUACUAUUACUACUAAUAAGAGGAACAUGGCCUUACUCGAUCCCGUCCUAUUGAUCUUGUUCGACUUGACCAUAAUAAAAGUGAACGCAUGGAAA